UCAUUUGUUUUGAAUUAGAAGAUAUUUUUUAUAUAUAGAUUUACGCGACCCCGUUGCCGCCAAUAUGCCGGUGUUGCUUUGUUGCGGCUUUUGUUUGUAACAUUUUUUACUUAUCUUUAUUGCAAAAUACUAUAUGUGUACGUAAGUUCUAUAUUGAUUAUAUUCAGUGAAAUUGAUAUAUCGCUUUUUUUUUAUUAUUAUCUUGGUCGAGUAUCAGAAGUUUUGGUUUCGGUUCUUAUUUAACCUUGAAGUACUAUUGAAUGUAUAAACUUAAACAUGUAUAUUUGAAUUAUUUUUCUAAGUUCGUGUUUUGAACUUUUGGGAUAACAAUAUCGUUUUCAUAAUUUAGAAAUGAAACAUUCAUUCAGAGAAAAGUUUGUUUAAAGGUUAAAUUCAAUCAUGGGUGAUAAGGGUGAUAAGGGUCAUGAACAAGGAACAGAUCAAGAUGAAAGAAGCAAAGGUUCUGAAACACCUGUGCCGAUGUAUCAAGUGUUUCCAAAAGAGAAAGCUCCAUAUACAGUUCAAGAAGCACUAAACAUAAAACCUCUAGAAUACGACAAACCCCUAACUACUAGUGAUAUUAAGUUAAAGAAUAUGGUACCUGAUGUUGAUGUUCGAACUCAAUCUCCUCUGAAAAUGUUCUUUGAUGAAGAUCCUAACUAUAGACCUCCAAGUGUUUCUCAACUUGAACCUGAAUCUGAAUUUGAAUUUGAAUUGCGACAUGGAUCUCCUGCUCAGGAUAAGCACGUGAUAUUCACUGAGUCACAACUUCAAUUUCAACCUCAACUUCAAUAUCCAUAUCAACAUCCACCCCAAUAUCAACCUCAACUUCCAUAUUCAUAUUCACCUGUACAGCAACCUCAACCUCUAUAUCCAUAUCCACCUCAACCUCCAUCUCAACCUCCAUCUCAAUCUCCAUCUCAACCUCCUUCUGAACCUCCAUCUCAA